UUUAGACCCACAGCUACGCUAGAAAACCCUAAACCCUCUGGAACUCACUGAGAGAUCGCUCAUCAAUGGCGACUCAUCUCUUGAUCCGAUCCCGGAUAUCGCUUCUCAAAUCUCUAAAUCCCAAUCAUGGCGCUAAUCUGCCUAUCAGGUCAAUCUCCACAACCAUGUCUCUCUCGCAGGAGCCCCAGCUCGCCGCCGAGUCGGCUGAACCCGACGUGUCUCCGCCUUCGCGGAAUCCGACGCCACUACCGCCGAAUCCAGCCACCGGAAGCCCCCUCUACCAGGAGAACUGGAGGAGCCCGAUCCCGGGUUCUUCGUCGACGUCCCAGGCUCUGAUCCCCUUGGGAUUCCUAAGCCAGAGCCCCGCUUCUCGCAUCAGAUCUCUCUCCGAGACCCUUGACUUGAACUCGCUGCUGAAUUUGUUCGCCGAUUGGACCGCGACGCAACGGUGGUCCGACAUGAAGCAGCUUUUCGAGUCCUGGAUUCGGACGCUCGACAAGAGCGGGAGGCUGAAUAAGCCCGAUGCGAACCUUUACAAUCAGUACCUCAGGGCUAAUUUGAUGAUGGGUGCUUCGGCUGGUGACUUGCUUGAUUUGGUCUCGCAAAUGGCGGAUUUUGCGAUGACACCCAACACGGCUUCAUACAAUCUGGUAUUGAAGGCUAUGCACCAGGCCCGAGAGACCGAAGCUGCUCAGAAGCUGCUCGAACGGAUGCUGCUCACUGGAAAGGAAUCCUCGCCAGAUGAUGAAUCUUAUGACUUGGUUGUUGGAAUGCUGUUUUGGACAGACCAGAUUGAUUCUGCCUUGAAAUAUAUGGACAUGGCGCUAAAGUCUGGUUAUAUGUUGUCCAUGGCGGUGUUUGGUGAAUGCGUUCGUAGUUGUGUAGCCAAAAGCAGGACAGAUACACUGGUGUCCAUCAUUGAGAAAUGCAAGGCUAUUGAUCAGAACAAGUCCUUAUGCCCUAACUGGACUCUUUGCAAUUAUAUGGCUGAAGUUGCAAUGCAAGAAGAUAACAGCAAAUUGGCAUUUUAUGCGUUAGAAUUUAUGUUCAAGUGGAUCACUAGGGGUGAAUUGUUUAGACCUUCAGUUUUGCUUUCUGUUGAUGAAGGAUUGGUUGUAUCAUCGCUUGCAACUGCUGCUAGGACUUGCAGUUCGACUUUGUUAGAUGCAUCAUGGACUAUUUUGCAACGUUCACUGCGUGAUAAAAAAACUCCAAACCCGCAAACCUACCUUGCGAAGCUCAAUGCUUAUGCUUCCAUGGGAAAUCUACAGAAAGCAUUCUCUACACUUAAAGACUUCGAGUCUGCAUAUGGGAAUUCUGACCAAGAACUUGUAGGGGAAAUUUUUUCGCCUUUUACGUCUUUACACCCAUUGGUCAUGGCCUGUUCUAAGAGAGGUUUUGAGACUUUGGAUGCGGUGUACUUUCAGUUAGAGAAUCUGAGUCAAGCAGAUCCGCCUUACAAGUCUGUUGCUGCUUUGAACUGUAUAAUUCUCGGCUGUGCAAACACAUGGGAUCUAGAUCGUGCUUAUCAGACGUUCGAGGCAAUAAGUGGUUCUUUUGGAUUGACACCCAAUAUCCAUUCCUACAAUGCUUUACUCUGUGCCUUUGGCAAACUCAAGAAGACUCUCGAGGCGACAAGGGUUUUUGAGCAUCUUGUUAGCAUAGGUGUAAAACCCGAUGCUCGGACUUACUCAUUACUGGUGGAUGCUCAUCUCGUCAACCGUGAUCCCAAAUCAGCUCUGUCUGCCAUUGAUGAAAUGGUGAAUGCUGGAUUUGAACCCUCAAAGGAAACACUGAAAAAGGUAAGAAGGCGAUGCACCCGAGAGAUGGACUAUGAAACAGACGAUCGAGUGGAGACUUUAGCCAAGAAGUUCCAGAUUCGGAUGGGAACCGAGAAUCGCAGGAACAUGCUGUUCAACCUCGAUUACUCCACGAGCUUCGAGUCAUAAAACAGAUUCCGAAAAUAUGGUUUCUGGUGCGGAAUGAGAAGCUGAAUUCACAUCACAGUUCACAGAGUCUCCGAGCUCAGAGUUUUUCGCCGCUGUAAAUUAAUAACCUUUUCCGAGUUUUGGAUAAUUUUUGUUGUAUUGGAAUCUCCUUAUUUCCGAGUUGCAUCUCAUAGGAUUUAGUGUGGCCUCACGUUUUGUCCGGAAGAUUUCUCGGGCAACGGCCAAUAAAUGUCGUUCACUUUAGUCCCUGUCCUGUCGGAGACUCCUUUAGUCCCUUAGUUCAUGUAAUUUGGAAUUUCUGAUUUUGAUCUGAUUCACUGA